AUGACAAAUAAAAUUGAAACAACAACAACAUCAAUUGAUGAUGAAUUACUUGUUGAUGUUGUUAGUCUUAAUGGUAAUAGUAGUUUAUGUAUUGAUUCAUCUCAUCAUACAUCAUCCUCAUCAACAACAACAACAUCAUCAUCAUCACCAAAUCAUUCAAUUGAUUCAAGUCCACAUUCACCAACAUCAUCAUUAUGUGGUGGUGGUAUUGAAGAUGAACAUACAAAUUCUUCAACACAAAAAUCUUCAUCAUCAACUAAACAACAUAUUGUUAAACCACCUUAUUCAUAUAUAGCAUUAAUAACAAUGGCUAUAUUACAAUCACCAUCACGUCGUUUAACAUUAAGUGGUAUAUGUGAAUUUAUAAUGAAUCGUUUUCCAUAUUAUAAAGAACGUUUUCCAGCAUGGCAAAAUUCAAUACGUCAUAAUUUAAGUUUAAAUGAUUGUUUUUUAAAAAUUCCACGUUCACCAGGAAAUCCAGUUUGUUAUUUAUCAUGA